GUAUGGAGAAAACUGUAACGAUAAAUGUAGUCAGUAUUGUUUAGGCGGUACUUGCAGUCAUAAAGAUGGAAAAUGUUUAAAUGGUUGCGUUGCAGGAUGGACGGGACUGAAGUGUGAAGAACGCUGUCAGAAUGGUAUGUACGGUAAAAACUGUUCGGGAAAAUGUGAACAUUGUAAAGAUGGAAUCUAUAAGUGCAGUCACAUACACGGAAAUUGUCGGCUAGGAUGUAAGGCAGGAUGGAAGGGGAACACUUGCGAUCAAGCUUGUACCAGUGGAAAUUAUGGAGAAAACUGUAGAGGAAGAUGUAGUCAGUAUUGUGUAGGUGGUAAUUGUGAACAUGAAUAUGGACAAUGUAUCAGUGGCUGCCGUGACGGUUAUACAGGAAUGAAAUGUGAUCAACGCUGCCAAUAUGGCAUGUACGGUAAAAAUUGUUCCAGACAAUGUAGUGAUUAUUGUAAAAAUGGAAAGCGCUGGUGUAGUCACGUAAACGGACGUUGUCAGUUUGGGUGUAAGGCAGGAUGGAAGGGAGACACUUGUGAUCAAGAAUGUGAAGACGGUACAUUUGGCAAUAACUGCUUAACAAACUGCAGCGGAAAUUGCAAGAACAAUGAAGUAUGUGUGAAGGUUAAUGGGUCUUGUCGAAAUGGCUGUAAACCAGGAUACGAAGGGAAACUAUGUGCUCUUGCUUGUAUCAGUGGAAAUUAUGGAGAAAACUGUAGAGGAAGAUGUAGUCAGUAUUGUGUAGGUGGUAAUUGUGAACGUGAAUAUGGACAAUGUAUCAGUGGCUGCCGUGACGGUUAUAAAGGAAUGAAAUGUGAUCAACGCUGCCAGUAUGGCAUGUACGGUAAAAAUUGUUCCAGACAAUGUAGUGAUUAUUGUAAAAAUGGAAAGCGCUGGUGUAGUCACGUAAACGGACGUUGUCAGUAUGGGUGUAAGGCAGGAUGGAAGGGAGACACUUGUGAUCAAGAAUGUGAAGACGGUACAUUUGGCAUUAACUGCUUAACAAACUGCAGCGGAAAUUGCAAGAACGAUGAAGUAUGUGUGAAAGUUAAUGGGUCUUGUCGAAAUGGCUGUAAACCAGGAUACGAAGGGAAACUAUGUGCUCUUGGCUGCAGGCUAGGUUUUUAUGGCAUAAACUGUUCAAGUAAAUGUAGUGAAAAGUGUAACGGUGGAUACGCUGCCUGCAGUAAGGUGAAUGGAAGCUGCUUAUCUGGUUGUCACGACGGAUGGAAUGGACACAGAUGCGAUCGAAAAUGUGAUAACGGAUGGUUUGGUCAAGGAUGUUUGAACAAGUGCUCGUUGAAUUGUAAAGACGGUGAUAUGUGUGAUGAAGCAGAUGGUCAAUGCCCGAAUGGCUGCAAACCUGGUUAUACAGGAAAAAUGUGCACACAAAAUUGCACAGUCGGUUUCUUUGGUGAUGAAUGCAGACAUAAUUGUAGCGGUUAUUGUGAAGGGGGUUCUGAAAUGUGUAGUAACAUUGAUGGCCAUUGUAUGAGUGGGUGCAAAACAGGUCGGAAAGGAACAAAAUGUGAUAUAGAAUGCAGUGACGGCUUUUAUGGUUUCAACUGUGCUAAGACAUGCGGUAACUGCAAGGCAGGGACAGUUUGUCACAAAGUCGACGGCACUUGUAACGAAGGUUGCGAAGCUGGCUUCAGCGGUAAAACGUGUUUACAAGAAUGUGAAGAUGGUACCUUUGGCAUCAACUGUAGUAGUAAGUGUAGCGGAAAUUGCAAGGAUAGUGAACCAUGUGAGAAGGUCGAUGGGUCGUGUCUGUCUGGUUGCAAAUCAGGUUAUGUCGGAGACUCCUGCAGUCAAACUUGUGCCAGAGGACAGUAUGGAGAGAAUUGUGGCGAUAAAUGCAGUCGAUAUUGUAAUGGCGGUACAUGUGAUCAUAUAAAUGGACGAUGUACUGAUGGCUGUGCUGCAGGAUGGACGGGACGGAAGUGUGAAGAACAAGCACACAGCAGUGAAGGAUACUGCGAACGAAGAAGUCCAGUUGUGAACAUUUGCACUUACCAUGAUUCAAGGUACAGAAAUGUCUACAUUGAUACAGUUACUGUUCCGAAGUUUCAGAAGAGCCAAUGUGUUUGUACCAUAGAACCUUCUAAUCGUGCUUUUAACUUCACAUUUGUUGCAUAUGGACAAAACAUCACAAAGAAUUUACAGUUAAAUAUAAACGAUCUUGUACUGAAUAUAACCUUCGGCAACGGAAGUACACAUAUACACGGGCUUUACUUUCUAAGUGAAAAUAAUAAGAUGGGAGGAACCUGUUUAAAUGUUUACACAGAAAAUGGAAGUCCUUUUAGAAUACUUUGUCAGAAACGUACAAGAACAAUUACUACAGAACUUACUUCUGACAUUGUAACCUCAAUAGACGGCAUAUCUACAUAUUCACAAGACAGCUCAAAUGAUGGACGCAAUUCAGCUUCAAAAAUUACAGAAUUUGCAGUUCCUACAGUGACUGUUGUUUUACUGAUUGUAACAGUAGCAGUGAUACUUCUCGUUUAUAUGAAACGACGUCGGCGAGCAAAGGAAACCAACUUGCAUAACCAAGAAAUGCACCAUAUUCAAUCACUAUCUGGGCAGGUUAUGGAACAAAAUCAAGCAGAGGAGAACAAUCCUAAUACCGAAGAGCGUGAUAUCGACAUGACAUUCACAAAUCAAACUGGUUUACAGACAGCUGAACAGGGUUACAUACGAACGAUAUCUGAACAGCUAGAGGGACAAGUGAACCGAAACUAUGGCGGAGAGCGCGAUCUAGAAAUCUCAUCACAAGAAUAUGAAAGACUAAACAUAUACGUAAAUGAUGCAGGAGACAUCUACCAGCAACUUAAUGCUGACCAAACUGGCAAGGCUCGUUUAAAGAAUAUUACUGAGUUCAAUCAAAAAGUGGUUGAUCUGCAGAACUUCAUGAGAAAACACAACUUCAUAAAAAAGCUGACAUUAUGUGGAAUUACUGGAAUGGAACAAGACGAGAAUGAUGAACCAAUGUUGACAAUAAUUGUGACUUGAUUUCUGCUUUAAAAUUAUCAGUACAGAACACAGAAUUCAGAAAGAAGCUAACGAAUGGAAGUUUGAUGUUUAAAACUUAUAUGAACUUUUGUUUAAAGUGUGUAUGUGUAUAGAAAAAUCUGUCCUAUCUUGUGUUUUAUUUACACAUUAAAACAUUGAUCUCAGAAGAAAUUUUUAGUAAAACUACACAAUAUGGUUGCGCCAAAAGUUUUGACUUAUCCUACUUGCUCCGGUGUUCGCAGCUUGGUGAAGUUUUUGACUUUCUUUCAUAUUAUCUCUGUUAUAACUUGAUUGGUUUGCUUCAAACUAAAAUGGUUGUUCCUCAUCAGCACCCGUAUCAUAUUACACGAGGGCAUUAACCGUGGCACCAAAAUUUUAUGUAUCAAAUUCAGGUUAAACUUUUGGUGCCCUUUCAUUCUAUCUCUGUUAUCAUUUGAUAGAUUUGCUUCAAACUUAAAAUGGUUGUCUCACAUCAUCACCCACAUCAUAUGGCAUAUGAAGUAUUCUCCUUUUUCUGGGAUGGGGCCACCCAUACUCUUUAAUUUUCAUAAACAAAUUAAAUCUAUCUUGUCAAUUCAGAAAAAUCACACGUUUUGUUAUCUCUGCUGAGACAAUAAUAGUGAUAGCUCUAGUUUCCUCAGACAAGUCACAUUUCACCAAUGGCACCAGACCAGAAAGAAAACGUCACUGAA